UCCUAGUGCGCUGGCCAGCUAACAAGAACCAGAGCAUUUUCGAAUCAAUGGGUGACAAGUGAUAACGGAAUAAUCACAGAGCUGCGCCUUGCCAACCAUGCAGGCUUUUGUUCCGAAGAAUCGGAGGCCCAGGUUUGAGCUUGUCCUCCGGAUUAUCGACCUCAACAAUGUCCCCCUCGUAAACGGAACGGCAUACGUGAAAUGGCGACUACCCUCAUCGAGCGCGGCCGAACAUCACGGACACACCGAUAAGGCGGUGAUCCUGGAUCACCGGGCAUACUGGAACUACGAGAAAACGCUGCCGGUGCGGCUUACGAUCGAUCGCAACCAGACCCUCCAUGAAUGCGAAAUCCAUUUCGAGAUCAUCCAGGAGUUCGAGGCCGGGGCCACCGGAGAAGCCAGGAAUAUUCUGGGGAGGAUUCGAUUGAACCUAUCCGAAUAUGUGGAGAAGAGUGACGACCGUGAAGGCGUCACCAGGAGAUAUUUGAUGCAGGAAAGCAAGAUCAACAGCACCCUUAAAAUCGCGAUAGCGAUGCACCAGGUGGAGGGAGACCGCAAUUUUACAACUCCGCCCCUAAAAUCAGCCAUGGUGUUUGGAGGAAUCGCCGGCGUGGUUUCCGCUGAACAGGGCGAUCCGGUGGAUCUAGGCCGAAUGCCAUCCAUUAAUGUACAGAGCAGAGAGGCUGCAGACAUGCAGGACAUGUAUCGCCGCACAUUAGCUGCUUCCUGGAAUUCUCGACCGGACGACCUGCCGGCGGACAAGCUGAUCGAGGAGCUAUUUUCGGGCUCCAUCAGUUGGAGUAAUGACACCCACGACACACGAUCUGGGAAAACGGCAGAGCAUGACACCUCUACCAGAGACGAAACGGGAACACGAUCCAAUGCAUCAAAUCGACUGUCCCCCAGUUUCGAAAGACGACCGAGAAGCUCGGGGAGCAACCAACUUCGCCACGACGUGAGGAUGCCCGAAUAUCAUUCAGCGAUGGGUCAUACAAGAAAGUCUGGAAGCAUAGAGCAAAAUCUUUACAGCACUGCCAAAGCCAACGCAUGGAGAAGUCGCAGCAAUAGUGACUAUGAAUUGUCGGAGUUUGAUGUCCGUGAAGAUCUGAAGAGCUGGGAAAUUAGCAGUAAGGAUAGCCAGCACUCCAAGCUCGAUGAACAUUACAGGCGUCAAUUUUCACGCAAUCGCCGCACCCCCACGACGAACCCAAGAGAUAAAAAAAGGCAGCUUGGCAAGAAAUUGCCUAUCUCGGUCACAUCUCUAGGUGAACCAGGGGAGGUGCUCGUCGUGGAGGAGCGGAACCACCGCCAAUUCCCGGCUCACGUCCAGGACGAUGGGCCUGCAGAUCAAGACAGCCUCUCGUUAAUGCUGGAAGAUAUCGAUGCUUUGGAAAAUCCUACGAACGAAGACUCUGUGACAGAGAAUAUCGAACUCCUUCGACGUUACAAACCUAGGGAUAGGUUGUCCUUCGACGAGUGGCACGACCACAGACAAGAAAUCUUGAAAUCUUUCACCAACAAACAACUGAGCGCCUAUAUUUUGGAGUUUGUGGGUGAUGAGGAGGGGGAAGUGCUGGAGCAUGGAAAAGAAGCGUCUGCCAGAUGGAGACCGGGAAUCUCGACAUUUCUCGAACCGGCUGAUGAGCUUGAUUCCAAUAGAAUUAUGAGAUCACAGGAUAAUGUGAAAGCCAAGGACCUCUUGGUUGAAAGGAUUCUGAGGGACUGCUGGAAACUCGGAAUUAUGGGCGAAGCUGGUCAGCUCGAUUAUAAACUUUCUCCACCCUUGUUAUCACUCCUUGCUCGAUCCACGAACUUCUCCUUCGAGGUGCUAGCUAGCCUCCAUGAUGCUCAAAUCGACCUUACUCAUUCCCUUGGUCUGGUUCGGAUAACCGGAAGCCAAAAAGCAUGCGAAACGCUUCGGGAUGUAGUAGAAGAUGCUACAGCUGCGAUACGACAGGAAGACAUUCAAUUAUACUCACAAGAUGCCCCCAGAGCCCAACCUAGCAAUCGCGUUCUCAGCCCGGAGUUUCUGUCAUGGGUCAGCACAACCUACGGUGUGGUAUUUGAGGAGCAGGCUUCAGAGCCAAGUAAACUGUUUUACUUGGCCGAAAACAAGCAGGGCGCAGAAGAUGCCAGGAGGACACUCAACCUAGCAAUAUACGAUAAAACUGCGCCUCAAGCACCGUUUGGCACAUAUUUAUCUGCCUCUCAACCUAUCGAAUGCUAUGAUGUCAACCCAGAGGACAACACAACUUGGUGGAAUCGGGAAAAGCGAUGGUUUCGGUGGGCUAUGCCACCAGCUCAAUCCGCUGUGGCCAAAGUUCUCGAAAUGCCCUUUUUCGACAAUCACGAAACACGCCUCUCCGGCGAGCUCCUGAAAAUACUCCGACAGAAAUCCCACCCCAAGGUUGAUCAGACCGAUGGCGACAAUGUGCGCGAGACGGUUUCAGCGGCCGUUGGCAAAUGCCUUUUCGUGCGCAAAUCCUCUCCCAUGGAAGAGAGCAUCAGUGCUAAGGAGCUGGGCAAAUUGUCUGCUCCCAGGUGUUUCACCACUGAUAUACCUCGAGUGACAUCCAUCCUACGCCGACUGCCCUUCCGUGUAGCCGACGAAUCCAUACGAAAUCACCGCAUUCAACUUGUCCCAUCUUUGAAGUACGCAAACGUAUUCCCGGAUCUUGACGUCGAGUUUACGGUGCGAAAAGAACAUGGUGGAGUCAAUCCCAGGACUGAAGUACUCCUGCAGAGUGCUAAAAUGGUUCUUUCCAAGGGCAACGUGGACUACUUGCUUCCGGAGAAUGCGCUGGAUCUCCGAUUCACCCGGACGCUGACCCGUGAGCUUCUGGAAGGACCCCGCGGGAAUUACCUCCUGCAAAACCUCCAGGAGGUGCUGGAAGAUGCCUUCGCUAAGGCCCGAGCCAACCAGGAAGACAAGCCACUUCCCGCAUUCAUCGACCUUUCGCUUCCCAACGACGCCUUGCGCACUUCCACCGAGAACCAGGACCCCAGUGGCCAAACGGCAGCCGAGUACAUGUUCCUGCCCGUGAGAGACAUCCAAGGCACGCGCAUCACCCGCUACGGCUACCGAGACCACGAGCUCAAAUACUCCUAUUAUGAAAGCGGUCCGUAUUAUGCCCACCGGACGACGGAUUUCUUCCUGGACAUGGACAUCACAGAGGGCCUCUCGGAUCCUCCUGCCGACCAGCUGAUGCAGGGACCUGAGGACUUCAAUUCCUUCUACAAAGCUGCCUGUGAGUUGGCUUUUGAUGGGGACAAAGCCUGGCGUGCACCCGUCUAGUAGGCGGGGGCUAGUCAUACAUGUAUAUUAGAAAUUGCCGAUUGAGAGCCCAUGCCUAUGGCUCGUGGCUCAUUUUAUAAGUAAUCUUGCAUAGAAACUGUAUAUAGAACGAUGUCC